AUGGGUCGAGAAUUGCAGAAACGCAAAAACCGCUCGGGCGUAUCCAAAGUCCGCCAAAAGCCAAAAUCGAAGAAGCGCGUCCUGAACAACCCCAUUAUCGCCGCCAACUGGGACAAAUCUCUCACACUCGCGCAAAACUACAAAAAGCUGGGUCUGGCUGUGAAGCUCAACAAAUCCACUGGAGGCACAGAAAAGAAAUUGUCCGACCUCAAGCAACGCCAAUCAGGAGGCGAUGAGGAAGAGUGGCAGGGAAUAGACGAAAUCGACCCUCUGAAUAUCACGAGCACCAGUUCGCGAAAGAAACAACAAAUCGACCUCGCCGAAGCCAAAAUCGAACGUGAUCCCGAGACUGGCGCCAUUCUCCGCAUCAUCGAACAGGACUUACCUAAACAGAAUCCGUUGAACGACCCUCUCGCCGAAUUCGAUAGCGAUAGUGAGGAGGAGGAAGCGCCGGAAGACCAGGUUUUCAACCUCCGCAAUCAGCAUGCGAAUACGGGCACGAAGGGUUCUGUUCCUGCGAAAACAGAUACUGUGAGAGCGCUGGAGGAACAGGCUUCAAGACCCGCGGCGAAGCAUAAGAGACGACAACCGGAGGGAGAGGUGCAGUUUAUUGAAGAGUUGGUGAGGAAGUAUGGAGAGGAUUAUGGGAAGAUGGCGAGGGAUAUGAAGAUUAACUAUAUGCAGAGGAGUGAAGGGGAUCUGAGGAAGAGGAUCAAGAAGUGGAAAGAGGCGGGCGGGAAGGUUUGA